AUGGCGAAGAGACAAAAGUUAAAGGUGCUAAAUGUACUUGACGUAGCAAAGACACAAUGGUACCACUUGAAAGUUUUCAUGAUUCUUGGUAUGGGCUUCUUUACUAAUGUCUAUGAGCUUUUCUCCAUAUCUGUGGUGACCAAAAUCUUAGGGCGUCUCUAUUACACUGAGCCAAAUCCGACUAGCCCAGGGUUUAUACCCAUGAAUGUGGCCUUGUGUGGUACCUUUGCUGGGCAACUCUUCUUUGGGUGGUUAGGUGACAAGUUAGGAAGGAAAAAGGCUUGCCCAUUUGAAAACCGAAAAAAAAUAACAAGACACCAGCCAAACAAGCUAAACAGCAGAACCAGACUGAACAGCACAAGGUUUGCACAGAAAGCUGCACAACAGCAAGCCAGCCUGAGCAGAACAAUGGAUGAGGAAAUGCUAGAGGAGGAAGUUGGGGAAACAGAAGAAGAGACAAGUACCAAGAAUAUGUGGGAAAGUGUGGAAACUCUCACUAAAUAUUAUAAGGAGGAUGUUUUAGCUGGGGAUUAUCAGACCAUUACAGAAAUAGAGACCGCUUUUUACCAAUUAGAAACAGAAAAGAACAAGUUGGUUGAGAAAUUAUCAACUUUGACAGAAGAGAUAACUUCUGGAAAGGAUAGAUUUAUCCGCCUGCAAGCUGACUUUGAUAACUUUAGAAGGAGAUCAGAUAAAGAGAGACUAUCAGUUCGAAGCGAUGCACAGGGAGAAGUAAUUGAGAGUCUUCUUCCAAUGGUGGACAACUUUGAGAGGGCGAAGCAACAGUUACAACCAGAAACGGAUAAGGAAAAACAGAUUGAUACGAUUUUUCUAAGAUAGUACUAUGAGUGAACAGACCAAAAACGAAACAGACUAUAGAAGUCAAUCAAACAGAAAACAAGCUUAUACUAUGAGCAAUUUCUAUGGCAACUAAAACUUUUUAUAGUAGUUGAUUUCAGACUUAU